AUGGAGAAGGUGUUAACGAAAGUGACGAGCUUCAAAGUGGGAGGUUCAUGGGUUUCCAAGAAAGCCAAGGAAGAGCUCUCCAACAUAACCAAUGAUCUCACCACUUUCUCUAGCACCGUUGAAGAAAAAGCGAAAUGGGUUUUCAACAAGCUUAAAGGAAAGCCACUCAAAAGCUUACCAGAACUACUCAAAGAAUACAACUUACCAUCAGGACUCUUCCCACAAAACAUAAUCUGCUACGAAUUCGACGAGACCAAGAACAAGCUUACUGUCUUCUUCUCUACACCGUGCGAAGUCACAUUCAAAGAUGGAUCAGCGAUAAGGUACGCAACACGUGUUAAAGGGAUCUUGCUUAGAGGGAAACUGAUGGGUGUGGAAGGAAUGAAGACAAAAAUGUUGGUUUGGGUCAAAGUCACAACAGUCUCAGUGGAGAGUUCAAAGUCGGACAAGCUUUGGUUCACUGCUGGUGUCAAGAAAUCUCGGUCUAAGAAUGUUUACGACACACCUCAUGAUGCUAUCAAAGUCGUUGGAGAGUUCUAAAAUAUGUUGUUUGCAACGGUUUAUUACCAUUUUUAAAUUUCAUAAUUGGUUAUUUGGUUUUAUUUGCAUUUUGGGAAGAGGUAUAUAUACAACUCUCAUCUUGGUUAAAUGUGUUUCUUUUUGCCCCCACCCGUAAAUCUCAC